AUGGCCACAAUCAUUAGUAGGAAGAGAUAUCAUCAAGUUGCCUCGACUCGAAAUGAUAUCAAUCUAUGCAAUGCCUUGGCACUUUAUAAGUCAUUAUCUACCAUCGGAUAUGAUCACUCAUUACUGCGUCAUCGUAAUGCAACAUUUGAUACUCUUGAACAUCUAUUGAAAUGGUCGAAUGUUGUUGAAUUUGAUUGGGAUAUCUUGGAAGAAUGUCGUGAUCGUUUUGUAAAUCAAGAGAUAUUAGAAUUUGGAGGUGCAACAACCAAUGCAAUGGAUUUUGCUGCUCGUAAUGGUCAUUUAAAGAUUGUCAAAUUCUUGCAUAAAAAUCGUCAAGAAGGAUGUUCAACUGAUGCUAUCGAUUGGGCAGCUAAAAAAGGUCACAUUGAAAUUGUAAAGUACCUUCAUCUGCAUCGUAGUGAAGGUGCAACAACCAAUGCUAUGGAUUGGGCUGCUGAAAAGGGUCACAUUGAAAUUGUAAAGUAUCUUUCAGAGCAUCGUACUGAAGGUGCAACAACAAGGGCUAUGGAUUUGGCAUCAAAGAAUGGACACUUUGAAAUUGUAAAGUUCCUUUCAGAGCAUCGUAGUGAAGGUGCAACUACAAAUGCUUUGAAUAGUGCAGCUGAAAAAGGACACUUUGAAAUUGUAAAGUAUCUUUCAGAGCAUCGUAGUGAAGGUGCAACAACCGAUGCUAUGGAUUGGGCAGCUGAAAAAGGACACAUUGAAAUUGUAAAGUAUCUUUCAGAGCAUCGUAGAGGUGCAACUACAAAUGCUUUGAAUAGUGCAGCUGAAAAAGGACACUUUGAAAUUGUAAAGUUCCUUUCUGAGCAUCGUAGUGAAGGUGCAACAACCAAUGCUUUGGAUAGGGCAGCUGAAAAAGGACACAUUGAAAUUGUAAAGUAUCUUUCAGAGCAUCGUAGUGAAGGUGCGACAACCGAUGCUAUGGAUAGGGCAGCUGAAAAAGGACACAUUGAAAUUGUAAAGUAUCUUUCAGAGCAUCGUACUGAAGGUGCGACAACCGAUGCUUUGGAAAAAGCAGCUUACAAUGGUCACAUUGACGUCGUCAAGUACCUUCAUUUCAACAAAACAGAAGGUGCAACAACCGAUGCUAUUGAUACAAUCAAUAAUAUAGAUUGGCUAUCUCCAAAUGGUCACAUUGAUACUAUGAAUUAUCUUUCAGAGUAUCUUGGAAUCGAUGUCAAUAAUGGAAUUAAAAUGAAUACUUUAAAUUUGGCGGCUUUUAACGGCCACAUUGAUACAGUCAAAUUUAUUCAUGAGCAGUUGGAUGAUACAACAAACUAUACCUUUCUUUCGUUUAGGAGAAAUUUUAACAUUAUUUCAAUUAGGAGCACAUUUAAUCUUGUAGUAGAAAAAAAUCACGUUGAAGUUGCCAAAUACUAUAUUUUACACUUUCCUCAAAGUGAAGAAUCAAUCCAAACUGCAAUAGAUUAUGUUUGCCAACAUGGAUCUCUGGAAAUGGCAUCGUUUCUCAUCAGUCUAGUAAAAGAUGAGUCCAAUCAAGAAGAACUACUAGAAACUACAUCAUUGAGACAUUUAUCAAAUUAA